GCUCGUUGUAUAUAAAUCCUAGCAUUUAGGCUCUCUUCUCCCACACCAAACCUUCAUCCUCAUCAUCAGAUUCAUAAUCACUACAAUCAGGUAAUCGAAAGCGACAAUGUCUUGGGACGAUGGUAAGCACGCAAAGGUGAACAAAGUUCAGAUUACUUACGAUGACGUCAUCUACUCAAUCCAGGUCACGUACGCCGGAACCGCUCUUCAAUCUCAGCGUCGUGGCUCCGUUGGGCCCAAAACUGCCGAGUUCACUUUGGGUCCGGACGAGUACAUAACGGCUCUGACUGCUUACGGCAAAACGCUGAGCACGCAAGACGUUAUAACGUUUGACUUUCAAAACGAACAAGGGAACUUAUGGUCCCCGGAAACAAAACUGGUUACCAGAUUUCUGCUCCAGAGGGUACGUAAACAGAUCGCCGGUUUCCUUGGUACUAGCGGCAAUGUUCUCAACUCCAUAGACGUUCACUACGCUCCCAUACCCACUGGAACCGGAACCGGAGGAACAGGUGCGGGAGGAACCGGAACCGGCGGGACUGGAACCGGUACAGGAGGAACCGGAACCGGAGGAACUGGUACGGGCGGAACCGGAACCGGAGGAACCGGAACAGGUGGAACCGGAACCGGUGGAACUGGAACUGGGGGAACCGGAACCGGUGGUACUGGCACGGGAGGAACAGGAACUGGCACGGGAGGAACCGGAACCGGCGGAUCAGGGACCGGUUCAGGGGUUGAAAAGUUGGAUGCACAAGGUGGUACAGGAGGAACCGCAUGGGACGACGGAUCCGAUCACGAUGGCGUGACAAAGAUAACCGUAAGAACCGGUGGGGCAGGCGUUCAAUACGUUCAGUUCGGUUAUGUGAAAGCCGGACAACCGAAACAAGGAGCCCUCGGCGGUGUGCAAGGUAGUAGAGGUUCAACAAAAGAGAUUUUGAUUAACCACCCGGACGAGCAUCUAAUUUCCGUGGAGGGUUGGUAUGAUUCCUCCAAUAUAAUCAUAGGAAUCCAGUUCAAGACUAAUCAAAAGACGUCUGAUUACAUGGGCUAUGAUUUCGAUGGUAGUGGUACUAAGUUUACUCUCCAAGUUCAAGGCAAGAAGAUCAUUGGGUUUCACGGUUGCCAGCGACCAUCUCAAUUCCAUUGGAGGUAUUUCGUUCCCGUGUCCUCCACCCCCACCACUCCUACUGUUCCACCGAAGAAGCUUGAAGCUAAGGGUGGUGCGUCUGGAGCUGUGUGGGACGAUGGUGCUCACGACAAUGUUAAAAAGGUCUCUGUUGGACAAGGCACAGAUGGUAUAGCAGCUGUCAAGUUUGAAUACAGAAAUGGUUUGUCGGUUGUUAUUGGAGCUGAACGUGGGACACCAACAUUGCUUGGAUACGAAGAGUUUGAGCUUGCAUCUGAUGAAUACAUAACCAUCGUGGAAGGCUACUACGACAAAAUCUUAGGAAGUGAUGGCCUGACGAGUCUCACUUUCCAUACUAACAAGGGUACAUAUGGUCCGUAUGGUCUCGAAGGUAGCACACACUUUGAAUUCAAGGAGGACGGUCACAAGAUUACAGGGUUCCAUGGACGAGCUGGUGAUACUCUCACUGCUAUUGGAGUUUACUUAGCUCCAGUAGGCACCAUCCCCUUGACUCCUGCAACACAAACCAAGAAGCUAGAAGCUAAGGGUGGUGAUGGAGGAACAACAUGGGAUGACGGCGCUUUCGACGGCAUACGGAAAGUAUCUGUAGGACAAACCUAUGAUGGUAUAGGAGCGGUUAAGUUUGUGUACAACAAAGGUUCUUCAGAAAUCAUAGGAGAUGAACAUGGAAAGAGUACUCUACUCGGAUUCGAAGAGUUUGAGCUUAACUAUCCAAGUGAGUACAUCACGGAAGUACAUGGCACAUACGAUAAAAUCUCAGCGAGCAACUCCGCGAUCGUUAACAUGCUUACGUUCAAGACUAAUAAGCCCGCAACAUAUGGUCCCUUCGGUCUUAACGCUGGCACACCGUUCGAUCUCAAAGAGGAAGGCCACAAGAUCGUUGGGUUCCAUGGAAGUUCUGGUGAUCUGCUUCACAAAUUUGGAGUCCAUGUUCUUCCCAUCAACUAAUCCUGGAGAUCUUGAAUUUGUCACACUUUUGUGGUCUUUUCACGUUGAACUUUGAAUAAGCUGAUUGUGCUGUUUCUGUUUGUUUCAUCUCUUCAGUGGUUUGAAGUGUUUUAUUUGUGUUAUUGUUCUGUCUUUGAUGGGUCUGUGAUCCAUUUUAAUAAAAGAAGCUUGUUCCAAUUGUUAA